AUGAUUAAUCAUUUCUUGCAUAAUUGGCACCUACCUGUAGGAGAUCCAAUUGAGUAUGAAGAAAUUAGAAGAUAUGAUGAUGGAAGAAGAGUAAAUUUUAGUUGAUUACAAUAGAGAUAUGAUAAAACAUUAAGAGAGAAAGGUGGUAUAGAGUACUAUUUAGUAUCAAAAAAAUUUAUUAAAUAAUGGAAAUAUUAUGUGGAUUAUUACGAAGAAAUGGGAGAUUAAUAAAAAGAGGCGAGAAAGAAAGUUUUGAAAUUUAAAUAUAUUAGCCUGAUAAAAUCAAUUCUGAUUUGUAAUGCAAUGAAAAGAUUUUUAAAUAUAUACCUGAAGAUCAUAUAUAUAAUUCUAGUAUUCGUUAUUUGGAAAAUGAAUGGGAUUAUGAAUAUGUAAGAAUAAUUAUUAAAAAUAAAUAGAUUCUUAAGGAUGUUUUCGAUUUAUUUAAAGAGAAAUAUUCAUCAAUUGAACCAUAAAAAAGAAUUGGAUUUUAUUAUGAAAAUGAAAAAAAAAAAAUUGUUUAUCCAAAUUUGGCUCGAGUAUACAAUUUUAUUAAUUUUAGUUUACAUUGAUAUAUUAGUCUUUAAGAGACAACAAAAUUUAUAGUGUUAAAGCAUAAGUAGACUAUCAUUCUGAAAUUAAAUCUUGGUUAGAUUUAUUGAAAGCAACAUUUUAAGAUGAAUAUAAAUAAUAUCCAAUAAAUAAUAUAAGAAUCUGGUUACCUAGACAUUAGAAUUUCAAAGUUGAUGUAAUAACAACAUAAUUAUAAUAAACUAUGCUUAUUGAUGGAGAUAUUUUAUAAGAAAAUAUUAUGAUUUUUCAAUUAGAAUCAAAAAGAGAUAAUUGUUUAAUUUUAGAUUUUGAAUCAAAUAAAUGGCAAUUUAAUAAAAUGAAUUAAUAAUAGUAAAUUUAAUUUGAUACUGAACUCUUAUUCAACAGAGCUUUAAAUGGUUGUGGUAAAUAUGUAUGUGAUUUUCCAUAAUGUAAAUUGAAUAAUGGAUUUCUUGAAUAAGAUUUUAGUUAAGAUGAUAUCAAAGGAAUAUGUUAAUAAUUGGUAGAAAAUGAAGAAGUUAAUUGGAAUUAAAUAUGUUAUCAAAUAAAAAACAUUAAUGAUAAAAUGGUUCCAUUAUAAAUGUCUGAUUUUUAAUAAGAUUUACAAGAAGCUACUAUAAAAAUUUCUAAUUAAUUGGAAAUAUUUGGAGCAUCAUUUGUUGAAAAUUUUUAUAAUAAAUCUGGUGUUUAUAUAAUAGAUCAAUAGAAUGUAGAUGUUGAUUCUAAUUUAAUUAUUGAUAUAUAAAAGAAAUUCAUCAAUUACAAAAAAGGAUUAAGUUUAAUAAUAAAUAAUUUAUUUUCUGAAAAAGAAAAAAAUUUAGAACCUUUAAGUAAUUUAUAUUAAUUAAGAGCACUUUAUUUAUUAUUACAAUUUCGUUAAUAUUUAGAAUAUAUUGUUGAUGAAAAAUCUUAAAUAAUAUUAAAAAUUAUAAGAAGACUUGAUAUUAAUUAAAAAUUAUAAUUAUCUAAAUGGUUUACAAAUCUGUCAAAAGCAGAAUUUGAAGAUAUUACAAAAAAAAUAAAAAAGUUAAUAAAUUCUGAGAUUCUAAGACAAUAACAUACACCAUUAAUGCCAUUUCUAGAAAUAGAAGAUACAUAAAAAAUGGUUGGUUUAUUUGAAUUAUUCCAAAUCUUAUAAAAAUCAAACAAAAUGAAUACUAGAUUAUAAUCUUCAGAAUUUAUAAUUGAUCUUAUUACUAAAUUAUAUAAACAAGAUGCUGAUAAAGAAGAAUUUUCAUAAUUUAGGUAUUAUGCAGCUAAAUAAUGGAGAAACUAUUCAUUUACUUUUUGUUUAUAUGCUUGGUCUAUACCUAUUGAAUUUAAAUCAAAAUUACUAAGUUUAGAUUGUAAAGUUAAAUAACAUGAUAGUAUGAGUCAUUCAGUAAAGUAUCAUUUUACUGGAUAAGCACCAUAUCUUAGUUUAUAAAUUGAAAGAAACAAUAUUAUAGAAUCAGCAAUAAAAUAAUUAUAAAUAACUCAUAUUCCAUUAAAAAAUCCUUUGAAAGUUUAAUUUAUAGGAGAACAAGGUGUAGAUGAAGGUGGUCCAAAAAGAGAAUUUUUUAGAUUAAUGAUGGAAAAAUUAAUUUCACCAGAUUAUGGAAUGUUUAUUCCAAAAAAUAAUGGAACAAUUUAUUGGUUCAAUCCUAAAUCUUUUGAAAUGCCUAUAUACUAUUCAUUGAUAGGAAAGUUAUUAGGAUUGGCUCUCUAUAAUUAAGUAUUAUUAGAUGUAAGAUUUCCAACUGUUCUAUUCAAGAAAUUAUAGAAUGAAAAAAUUACAGAAGAAGAUUUAAAAGAAUUAGAUAUGGAAAUUUAUACAGGAUUUUAAUAUUUAAGAGAAUAAACUGAUUCUAAUUUAAUUUAGAAUCUUGCUCUAAAUUUUAAUGCAAGUUAUGUUGUAUGGGGAGAAGCAUAUUUUGAUGAUUUGAAAGUAUAUUAAUAUAUAUUUAAAGCCUAAUGGAUUUUAAAUUAAUGUUACAAAAGAUAAUAGAGAAGAAUAUAUAGAAUUAUAUACUGAUUGGUACUUAAAUAAACUUGUUAAAAAUUAGUUUGAUUUAUUGUAUUCAGGAUUUAAAUCUGUAGUUGAUGGAGAUGGAAUUAAAGUUGUUAUUAUUUUAUAAAUUAGUUAUUUUCAGGAGAGGAAUUAUAAGCAUUAAUUAUUGGUUUACCACACUUUGAUUUAAAAGACUUAGAAUUAGUUACAAAAUAUGAUGGUUAUGAUGAUAAAUCUGAUUAUAUAAGGUAUAUAAUAUGAUAUUUAUUAUAAAUAGAUACUUUUGGAAUUGUAUACAUUCAUUGAAUAUUGAAAUGUAAAAGAGAUUUUUGUUUUUCUGUACAGGAACAGAUAGGAUUCCUGUAGGAGGAUUAAAAUCAAUAAAAUUUGUUAUUUAAAAGCAUGGUGAAGGUAUGAUUGAUUAAAUAAUAUUAGAUACUGAAUAAUUACCAUCAGCUCAUACUUGUUUCAACGUUUUAUUAUUACCUCUUUACAAGAAGAAAGAAAUAUUAAGGGAUAAAUUAAUGAUAUCUUUAGAUAAUGCAGAAGGUUUUGGAUUAAUGUGA